GGGAGAUCUAUUAGAAGUGGAUGAGAUUUGCAGCUGUUCUGUUUAUUCGACCCCAUCAGCACUGUUCAUGUUUCUAUCGGUGGAGGUCGCCAGGCGUACUCAAUAGAUAGUUGGAGCGCGCGCUGAGUGUGUGUGUGUGUGCGCGCGCGCGAGAGAGAGAGAAAGAGAGUGGGUGAGUGAGUGUGUGUUCAGUCCAGUCCGCUGUGGAUGGGGAUCAGCAAAGAGAAGCGAGGUGCUCACCCGACUCAACUUACUCUCCGUACCGCGCGCUGCAAAAUGGCGGCCGCUUCUUCCAUGCAGCCGCCCACAGCGCCCGCAGUAAAGCGCCCAAAUUCCCCGGUACCCGAUUCGGAGAGCGCCGAGAGCCGGCCGGAGGAGGAUGGGGCUUCUGAGGACACCAUCCUCCGGGACAUGGCUGAGCUGGAGCCGGAUGAGAUUGAAAGGAGGCUGGAGAAAACUCGGCGUGAACUGAGCAACAGGAGAAAGAUAGUCAUCAAGAACCUGCCGCAGGACGCUACUAACCAGGAAGUGCAUGAUAUCCUACGCGAGUACGAGCUCAAGUACUGCUUUGUGGACCGGAAUAAAGGCACAGCUUUUGUAACACUCCUAAAUGGCGACCAGGCUCAGGACGCCAUCCGCUCACUGCACCAGACGUCGGUGCGUGGUCGUGACAUCAGCGUCCAGCUGCAGCCCACCGACUCGCUGCUGUGCGUCACCAACCUGCCUCACACGUUCACGGGCACGCAGUUCCAGGAACUGGUGCGUUCCUAUGGCAACAUCGAGCGCUGCUUCCUGGUUUACAGCGAGCUAACGGGCCACUCCAAGGGCUACGGCUUUGUGGAGUACAUGAAGAAGGACUCAGCCUCCAGGGCUCGCUCGGAGCUGCUGGGUAAAGUGCAGGGCGAUCGCUUUCUUAUGGUGCAGUGGAGUGACGUCAACCAGCUCAGCACGGCCCAGCACAUCCACUCCAAGUGCCUGUGUGUGGAGCGACUGCCCGUGGACUUUGACAGCUCCGAAGAGCUAGCACACAUCUUUUCUGAGCACUACAAACCCGUCUUCUGCCAGCUGGCACAGGACGAGGGCAGUGCCGUGCGGGGUUUUGCCGUGGUGGAGUAUGAGACAGCAGAGCAGGCUGAGGCUGUGCUGCUGGAGAUGGACCGACACCUGAUCCAGGGUCAGGAGAUCCGCCUGUCGCUGUGCAGCCCGGGAACAUCUGGCCGCAGCACACUCGCUGCCCUUAUUGCUGCUCAGGGAGUGAUGCUGAGCAAUAAAAAGGGUUUGUUGCCUGAGCCAAAUUUGGCUCAGCUCCUAAACAGCAUGACCAAUCCAGCCGCUCUUCAGGUUCUUAUGAGACCGUACCACACUGGCAAGCGUGGAGGGAAGUUUCGUCCUCACAGUGUUCCUUUUCUCCGACCGCCGCUGACAGCUGCGCUGCUUCAGCUAGGAAAAGCACAGCAGAACGCCAUGCUGGGGAACGGGCUUGUUCUGCAGAACCUUCUCCACAUGCACAUGGCACAGCAGCAGCUCCUGCAUAUCAAGGACAAGCACAUCACUAAUGUGAGGGUUCCCAGUCUUUUAGGUGACCCCUCCCGUUUACUUCUCCAUAAAGUCUUGGCUCUGCGAGCCGCAGCCCCGGUGCCGGUGGUGAAAGGGCUGGUUGGAGAUUCCCCCACCGACUCGACUCGUGAGGCUGGAGGAUCUGGAGCGGGCCGCGCUCACAUGAACCCCGGGGAUCAGAACGGUGUGUCAGGCCCAGACAAACAGCCAGCAGUGUCGACUCACUCUCACAGCCAGACACAAGGCUUCAGUUCUGGGUCAAGCAGAGCGGCACUGAGCUCCAAAGCUCCGGUUAAUCACAACAGCACUGCAUCAGAGAACUGCACGCUUAUAACACAAACCAGCUGCCAGAUGUCUCUGCUGGGAGAGCCGCCUAAGGAGGUGAAACUGCCCUCCAACCCUUACCUAAACAUGGCCAGUGUAUUACCUGGUGUGGUGCUGCAAGCUCCCUGUAGUGGCAGCAGUAAAGGCCAGCCGGUCAGUGGGACCUAUAGCUCGGUUCUUCCACCUGCUUCCAUCCCAACUACCCAGUACAGCACCGAGUGCACCGCCUCAGAUUACACAAACCAGUACACUCAGCAAUACUCACAGGAGGCCAUGCAGCAGUGGUAUCAACAUUACCAGGCACAGGGCUACAGUAACGCUAACCAGGAGAGUACUACAUCUACCGAGUACAACAAGGAACCAGCUCAGGCUGUAGUCACAUCUUCAUAUGGGGACUACACUUCUUACAUGCAGGCUGUCACUCAGUACUACUCUCAGACUCAGAUAAGCCAGGCUGCUGCACCCGGGUACCAGCAGAGAGACCUCAGCAAGGAGCUGGAGGUUGUGAAGCCACCCAUGGUUUCUCCUCUGUCCCUGAAUGGCGCUGCCCCGCCCAUCCUGCCCGCCUACAGUGCCCUGCCAAUCAUGCCUGGCUUCAUCACCCCUACACACGCUCACACACACACACCGAGUGUUGUCACACACACACAGAGUGCACACAGCGUAACAGACUGGAGCCAGUAUUACUAUACUCGGGGACAAAAGCGAGAAUAUCCAACUCUGGCAGUACAGGAAGUGACAUCAGAGGGGCCUUACGUAGGCCAGCACUCACAGGGACUGGGUGGCCAGUACGCUGACUAUUUCAAAAAGAAAAGGAUUUAGAACAAACACACACACACCACACACACACACACACACACACACCACACACACACACCACACACAGAUUACACAGUGUUUUUGUAGUGCAUUGUUGUUGUCCAGUCAAAGCCUUAACUCUGCACUCUGUGUGUAAGAGUGCUGACGUUUAACGUGCGUGAGCAUUAAUGGUCUGGAUGUUCUCAGGCCUGUUUUAAUCUGGGCUGCAGACCAGGCGCCUUUUUUUGUAACACACACACACACGCAACACAAAACACACACCCUGGCCGCUGUGCUUUAAUAAUAGUGUAAUAAUAGUGAACUGCUCUGAUUUGCUCUUGUCCCCCAGGUUAGGGACAUCACUACUCGUCUCCUGGGAGAGAAAGACUGUGUGUGUGUGUGUGUGUGUGUGUGUGUUGAGCGUGUGAGUGGUUAAGGGCUGAAAAAGACAGAGCUGUCCUCAGAGAAUUCCCCUUUCUAAAUGGAAGUUCCAUCAAACAGUUCGACAUGUUUGGAACAGAUGUACACAUGUAAUUUAUUGUAAAUAUUUCUCUCUGUUCUGGUAAACAAAAGGGCCAAAAAUUCACAAACACACGGCUCUACUUGGGUCAAAGACGAAAUGCGUGGGCUGUUCAGUUUUCUAGAAUACCAGAAAUAGGUAUCAAUAACAACCGUGUCCACUCUUACAGUUAUGUGCAAAAGUUUGGGCACACCCUCACCAAAUUAAUAUUGUCCUCUGCAGCAAACUAAACUAAAAAAAUCUGCAAAUCUAAAUGCACAGUUAAUUUACACCGGCCAAACAUUAUGACCACCUGCCUAAUAUUAUGUUGGUCCUCCUUUUGCUGCCAAAACAGCCCUGACCCGUCCUGCACUGUGUAUUCUGACACCUUUCUAUCAGAACCAGCAUUAACUUCUUCAGCAAUCUGAGCAACAGUAACUCGUCUGUUGGAUCGGAUCACACGGGCCAGCCUUCUCUCCCCACGUGCAUCAGUGAGCCUUGGCCGCCCAUGACCCUGUCACCGGUUCACCACUGUUCCUUCCUUGGACCACUUUUGAUAGAUACUGACCACUGCAGACCGGGAACACCCCACAAGAGCUGCAGUUUUGGAGAUGCUCUGAUCCAGUCGUCUAGCCAUCACAAUUAAGCCCUGCGUCAAACUCGCUCAAAUCCUUAAGCUUGCCCAUUUUUCCUGCUUCUAACACAUCAACUUUGAGGACAAAAUGUUGACUUGCUGCCUAAUAUAUCUCACCCACUAACAGGUGCCAUGAUGAGGAGAUCAUCAGUCUUAUUCACCUCACCUGUCAUAAUGUUAUGGCUGAUCGGUAUAUAUAUGUUGAUUUUAAAAUAUACAUAAAAAAUAAUAAUAAUAAUAGUUGCAUGUGUAAAGGUUUAGAGACUCUACUGUGUCAGUACAUGUAGACACUUUUCAUAGCCGGCUAGAAGUUUUUCAUGUAUUAGGAACUUUCUUGUAAAGCUCUUCUACUUCUGAGAUAUUCUUGGGCCGUGAUGCUUGCGCAGCAUGUUGAAGAUCUGCCCACAGAAUUUCAGCAUCUGAGCGAGGUAGAGGUGAGGUUCAUUCCAAAAGCUUCAGCUAACUUUCUUUAGGUACUUUGUGAUGGAUUUUGAGGUAAAUCUUGGACCAUUGUUCUGUUUAUUUCCAGAAUCUGCUGAUAUUUACUAGACUUCAUUCCUCCAUCUACCCUUCAUUCUUCCUAAGCACAGUAGAUCCACUCCAGACUUUAACAGCUAACAACCUCAUCUUUUCAUCACAUGCAAUUCAUUUUAUUGUGAUUGUAGGCAAAGACUUUUCGAAACUUUCUGACUUACCUGGAUGUUAUUUUGCAUGCUUCACAUACGUCACAGGCGAGGUUGCUGAUGACUCUUCCAUGCAGAUCAUGUUUGUGUAAGUAACGCUGCAGAGUAGAAUGAUAUACACCACCACUCCCGUGUCUGCUCAGCCUUUCUAUACGUCCUUAAUGUCAUUUAGUGCCUUUCUUCCCAGCAUAUGGGUAAACCCUAUCAAAAACCCUGUCUUCUUCUAACAGAUCUCACCUUGACUUCCCCUUAACUGCCAUUGCUUAUGGAAAUCCCAGACAGUGGGAAUUUGAGCUGGAUCUUUUUAUAUACAGGCUUCAUUAGGGUUCAUUUUCAGUUUAUGAGUCAGCUGUUUAGAGCCCGUGGUUGUUUAGUUCCAGCGAACGGUUUGAAGAGUGUGAAGAGAAUUUAUAAUACACACUGGAACUGUGUUCUUAAUAAAGAUUCACGAGUCUGUGAGCCAUUUAAUUCUGAAAGUCAGAAUUGUUUUGGAAAAAGCCGUGUUUAAUUCUUUACACUGCACUUCACCUAAAUAUCUGAUUUGGUCAUGGACACCCAAACUUUUUCAUACAGCUGUAUUCUCAUGUUUAAUAAAUGUGUUUUUUUUAAAAAUGGUGUAUAUUAGGAGGAAGAAGAAUGCAAAAUUGUUAUUCAGUCUUGUGGAAAAGUCCAAAAAACAAAUAUAAAAAAGCCAUAAGUCCAAAUUGAUCGCUUUUCGUCUUUGAUCCAAUCACCUGGACUAGUGCUUGCUUACAAAAGUGUGUGUGUGUGUGUGUGUGUGUGUGUGUGUGUGUCACUGUACAUAUUGCUGUAAAUGUAGGGAAAAUCAGCCAUUUUACUAAGGAGCCUUAAUAUAGGCCGAGCUCAUGUUUGAGCAGAAAACUAAAACACACAGCCUCCACACGGGCCGUGACCCAGGGUAAAGGCAAUAAAGUGUAAGAUCUGUCUGUUACGGCAUGUGCGUGUGUGUCAGUGUGUGUGUGUGUGUGUACAUAUGUACACUCUGCUCUCUGCAGCCUCCAGUUCCAUGUCCAGGGUGGACGUUUGUUUUCCCCACUGAGACAUACAUUUUUACCUGCCAUUCUUUUAUACAGCAAUAGUAAUAUUGCUCAUAGUACAAGUUGUAAUAAUGAUGUGAUGCUGCUGGGGACGUGUGUGUGUGUGUGUGAUGGGUAUUAGUUAAAUAGCUUUGAUAUAGUGUACUUGCUUUCGUGCUGAUACCUUAAUGCUGUGUAGAAGGGGGUGUGUGUGUGUGUGUGUAUGAUAUUACUGUAUCAUAGGAGUGUAAUAAUAACACUGAUUGGGGAUAAGUGCUUCUCUUUACUGCUCCUUCAUUGGGAGAAUUGUUUUUGUAAAUGAUAUUUAACCACAUAUGAACGUCUCAAAGCCAUAGUGCUUAUGUAUGUGUGUGUGUGUGUGUGUGCGUGUAGAUUGUCUGCUAAAGGCAAUGCUCAGAGAUGGUUCAUCUUUGUUGUUGCACAGCAGUGAGUGUACAGGCUUCUCCUGCUUUAGGCAGCCUUUUAGGAUAAGGCUGUGUAUGUUUUAUUUAUACUCAGUGAUUGUAUUGACUAGUCCAGUGUCCUCACCCACUCUGGAAGCCAUUCUCGUGUGUGUGUGUGUGUGAGUGAACGAGAGAGACAGGGAGAGAGAGAGAGAGAGAUUGUGCAUACGGUAUCCAAACCUGCUGAGAUGUCGGUCUCGGACAGCUCAGAGAGUUGUGGAACAGUUGUUAAGAAGAAGAAUUUUAUAUACGAUUAUUUUCCCCCUCUCCGUGUCACAUAUAACCACAUUCACACUCCUUUCCUUAAGGUUUCCUUUAACUGAUUAAUUAACAUCAACAAACCGUAACAUACAAAACAUCUUUAAUGAUGUGCUUGAUUCAAUGUCAGUGAAACCCAUGUACAGUGGCUAAUGUUUGUUCAGUCUGUGACUAAUAAAUCUACAUAAAUAAAUAAAAAAAACAGUCACAGAAGGUUCUGCAACUAGAUGUUGCUGAACUCUAGCCUCCAGGGGUGUAAAUAUUGGUGCUUGAUUUAGCCUCAGUUCUGUGUCAUGUGUUCAUUUUACUUAUCGUGUUUAAAUGGAACUAAUACAAUGGUCAGUGUUACUGACGGUGACGGUGGGUUCUCGCAAAAGUUCAGGGUUUGUUCGUGUUGAAUAACGUGUUCGGAGGAACCUUCAUGUAAAGUGUAAUCAUCAGACUGAGAUCCGCUUUUAAGCAUUACUCGGUCCAGAGAAACGUACUUGAAUGGUUUGGAGGAAGAGAAGAAUCUCCGACGGCGAUUUUUCCCUCAGCGCUAUAAUGAGAAUUUAUGCCGCGGUUUUGCUGCUGAAUUCUCAACUCUGAUUGGUCAGAAGGAGAAGAUGUGGUCGUAGUGCAAGUCACAGGUUUAUAGUUCAUGCACUCGGGCGCCCAUCAUUUCUGCAAGGGCCGUGACGCGACGAGAAACGGAUUGGAAAACGUGGCGUCGUUUUACAAAGCGAGAUGUAAUUGUUGCUACGGUGACGCUUUCUGUAUUUCUUUUAACAUUAAUAUUUGACGCUCAGUGUGCUUCAGGAGAAACUUCUCUAUGACAAAGGCUCUGCUUUCUUCAUAACAUGAUAAGCUUCUUCUUCUUUCGUCUUAUCUCUUAAAGAGCGGGAGAGAGAGGCUGGCGACUGUUCACAACUUCUUUAACGCAAGCGCUUCGUGGACGCUCGAAUGAAUUGUAAAACGAUUAAAAAAAAAGCAGGAUGUAUUAUCCAUUGAUGCGUAGAAACUCAUUGCUGCGAGGCAGAAAAACGUCAGGACGUCAUGCUCUCAUUAGGAAAAUAAGCAUCGCAGCAAUCAAUUUGAUUAUCUUCCUAAUAACAGCAUGCCCUGACGUGCUCUCGGACUUAUCUAGCCGCUUGUCCGUUGUAUAUUUUCAGUGUUCAGCUGGCUCUCCUGUGCUUAAUGUGUUCCACAGUCUCUCUGACCGCUUCGUCUCCAACCCGAGCGCUGCUGAUCCCACCUCGGCAGGGACUAUAAAAGCACACUUACCUCGUCACACAACUUACUUACCGGUCACUCUGCCGUUCUCGAACACUUCAUCUGCUGUCAGCACAAGAGUGUGAAGGUUUUACAUUCUGCCCCUGAGUGCUAGAAGUCUAGUUUAAAAGUCUGUUGAUUUGUAGAUGAGGGGAUUUCUGCUGUGCCUGUUCAUGUUGAAUGUAAAGUUUAUCUCUUUGUAUUUCUUAUCAUUUUUGGAGAAAUCAUAUUUAAUUCAGUAGAAAUGUGUAAAAAAAAAAAAAAGUCUACACUUGGUAUGCUUGUGUGUCUGAACCUUAAACGCAGUCUCUGUGUGUGUGUGUGUGUGUGUGUGUGUGUGUGUGGGUGUGUGCUGGCUUUGCAAUACUAAAGUUACUUCUUGACCUUCAUGCUACACCAUCACCUGUCCAAGUGCAGGAGGAACACUACGGCUUGUUGUUGCUCUGUAGACAUCCUGCGACGUUUGUUUAUUUUUCACCUUUAUACAUUUGUUUUCUCAACCGGAAAUUCAGAUUUUGCAAUAUUUUCUAUCUAAAGUAUAUUGAUAUUGCGUUCUGUGAAUAAGCUAUUUUUAGGUACGGUGGAAUUCAAGCAUGUCUUUACUCCUCUGUACUCUAGUACAAAGCUUUUUUUCCCCCUUCCCUUUUCAGUAGGUCUGAGCUUUGUGUGUUUAUAUGUUUUAAAUAGUAGUAAAGAAAAAGAAGUUCUUGUAUUUAUUUGUCUAUUUAUGUACAUUUUUCUUUAUUGGAUACUAUUUGUCUUACUCUGGAGAAAAAUAGUUUGUUUCUUUCUUUUUUUUCUUUUUUUGAGCAGAAAGAACUGUUUUACAUUCCGCAAUAAAGAGAAGGAGCUGUGCUGCCUGUCUGUCUGUCUGUCUGUCUGUCUGUCUGUCUGUCUCCUGCUGGGUUUCUCUCCCACACUACGCCAUCUUGUUUCCAUUCACUUCAGUCUUCCACUGUUUCCUUACAGAGCGUCAGCGUUAGCAAUGGAAUGACAGACUGAAUAUUUACACAAAAAGAUCCAUAGUAACAGCAGAAAAGAAAAAUUAAAACGUUUACCCACAAGAUGAUAAUGAAAAUAGUUCAGUUACAUUGAGGAUAAUAUGACAGUCCAUGUUUUUAACAAUGCAUACCGGCCCCAAUAUAUUUUGCUUUUAAUUUCUGUAGAUACAAAUUAUAAAAUGUUCAGGCUCAGCCAUUUCCAUACUUAAAAUUUCCAUCCUUUUUUUUUUUUUUUUUUUUUUUUUUUAAGUUUAUGUAAGAUUUGAAUACAUGUCACUAGAUAUAAGGGAAUAUGUUUGACUUUCUGUAAUCUCUACUGUCCUCUAGUGCCUAUUGUAGGCAUUUAAUGUCACUCACAAUGCAUGGCAAAAAAAAUACUGCCUUCCACAUUCCAAGAUAAAUGUCCUUUUUCAGUCUUUCGUCAUUAUUGGCUGCAGAUAAGAUAAGAAAUAAAAUAAUAUGAAAACGCAGGACCAAGUGCUGUUCCAGAAUGUUCUCCCGACUCCUCCUGUCCCAGGGCAGAAGCGUCGUCCUCUUCGCCGCAAAAAAAUCCAGCUGCACAAGCAAACCUGCCUCGUGAUUGAUACAUGUGGCAAAACUCCUCUCUCACUUCCUGUAGCUUUUCUUUCCCCUCACUGUUCAUGUGACAAGUGGUGACACACUUUAGCAAACAACAUCCUGCAUUGCACGAAUGACCGAUUAACAUGAACAUGAAAAAGCACACUGAGAAUAUAAAAUGGCAUUUAAACCCAAAGAGAAAACUCGGCGCAGUCGCUGACGGUUAAACACAAAAGAUGGCGUGAAGGUCUAUACUUGCAAACUCGUAGCGAGUGAUGUAGGUGCUGCUUCGUGCCCUGUGGUUGACUGAUGAUGUCACUUUGCUUCAUGGCUGUACUCUGUGGUAAUACUGUGACACAGGAUGUGAGUAAAACAAUAUAAACAUGUGAAAGCUCUUUCUGGAAACAAAAAUCAGCAGGAAAUGUUCUCCUGAAGUCUUCUUUGCGUAAAAGGUUCACUGUGGCGACCCCACGCACUGUCUCUGGUCAGGCAGACGGAGUGUGUAACGCAGCAGAUUAACGUUGUUACAUGCCGUCGCCGAGUAUUUGCUGAAAAUCAGCGAUGAGGCCCUUGAAGUCGAUCCUUUUGUCUGGUGUGCUCUCCCAGCAUCUCCUCAUUAAGGCGUACACCUGGCACAAGAGACGUUACAGUUAGGGCGAUAAAACCUGAAUAAAAUGAUAUUUAAUCAACAGGAUGUGUAAAAAGUCAGAGUGUAAGACUACAUAUACUCCAUUUUGUAUUAAUUAUUCACAACAAAUGUUCACCUCUGUGCUCUAAGCAUAUAUUUUCUCAGCCAGCUAUAUAAUGUUUUGGGGGAUUUUGCUGAACACAUUCCUAUCACUUCCUGACUUUUCAGACGCUGUGUCUGAAAUGAAACAAAAACUGGAAAGACUGCACUCUUAAUGCACUGAGGAGAGUUUUACUGAAGGCCAAUUCACACUGAACUUAAUGUCUCAAAGGAGUUAGAUAUUUGCAUAUUAACUUUUCUUCUUCUUUCCCCCUUAUAUCUCAGCUGCAUGAUGCACUGUUAAUCAUACAGAGCUCUUGGGCUGAGACACCUGACCAUGUAAGCAAAUAGCUCAAAUCACAAGAUUAAAAAACCCUGCAGAAAAUGAGAGCAUCACAUCACUGCACUAGCCUGUAACGAGCAGUCUCGGUGGAUUCGCUGUUAAAAAAAAAUCUCAUUUUGUACUUCAUGAAAAUAUAUAAUUUAUGUGAAAUGUCCACAAAAAAAAACAAGAGCAUGACUCGUUUUUAAUAAUAACUUACUGUGUGUCGUUGAAUGAAAAUUAAAUACCAAAUAAUAAUCUCUUUGCUUCUCUGCCUUUUGGCUACGUUCACUUGUAUAUUUUCUAGUCUGGUCUUUCAGUUCAUGUCGUGUUUUUUUAGUCUGGCCUUGAGAAAAGGAAAGGUUUGGUUUGGUUGGGUAGGAUUUAGAUUGGUUUUUGGAGCAGUGGUCACUCAAGUGGUCAUGGCUCUGGGUUAUUGAUCGGAAAAUCAAGGUUCAAGCCCCAGCACUGCCAAGCUCCACUGUUGGGCAAUUGAGCAAGGCCCUUAACCCUCACUGCUCCAGGGGCGUUGCAUCAGAGCUGCCCUGACCCCAGUUUCCUCAGCUGGGAUAUGUGAAGAAAAGGAUUCCACUGUGCUGUAAUGUAUGUGUGGUGAUAAUAAAAGCUUCCUCCUUAAAAUAAAUAUGAUUCAUUUAUAGUGUUACUAAACUAAAAACAGACAAAAGCACAUUAAAUAGUAUAUUUCAAAUUCUUAACUAAUUUAAAAAUGGUAAGCUACAGUAUGACCGGCACACACACUGCCAGCUGACUGGCUUCAAUUUCAAUGUAUUUGUAUAGUGCUUUUAACAGUGGACAUUGUCUCAAAGCGGAAAGGCAACACAGACACUACAGUGGACACUACAAAGGCUUGAGACAACACAGACACUACAGUGGACACUACAAAGGCUUGAGACAACACAGACACUACAGUGGACACUACAAAGGCUUGAGACAACAGAGACACUACAGUGGACACAACAUGUUACUUCAAUUUUAACAUUUCAUUUUCCACUGAUAUCAGCUGAUCUGUGUGUGGUAAAUGUUUACCUUGUCUGAGCAACCGUCUGGCUUAGGCAAUCUCUUCCCCUCCUCCAGAACCUUGACCAAUCUGGUGACGGUCAUUUGGCCAUGGGUUGGUCCAAUCAUUUUAAGGAAGACCUGGUGGGGACAGAACAGAUUUUUUUCAAUUAUUAAAAUGUUUUAUAUAUUCAAUAAGCAAUUAUUUUCAGUAACACAAUAUUCUCCAUGCUUUCUAUAGAAGGGGAUUGUGUGGAGACCAGCAUGAACACUUUGGGCUAGACAUCUGCCACCAUGGGCACAGACUGGCACCAUCUGGCAGAGAGCGAGUGAGCCUCCGCUCGGCCUUCGCUGAACAAAAGGCACUUUCAUUAGCAGCGGACAGCAGAUCAGUGUUUCACUCAGUAAAGGGCCAAGUUCAACCAAAUCUCUAUAUAACUCUCACACCUUCAAUUCGAUCAAAGCUUCCCUGAGACCUUCUGAACUGCCCACUGAGCAGAGAAAUAACAGCUUGGGUCUUUGGGUGAUUAUUUCUUUACAGACACAGGAAAUGUGGCUUGAUUAGCAGCCUUAAAGUUCUAGUGACAGCACAGUUUUAUCUUAGAUGAUAGCAAUUUGGAAAUGAUUAUUGUUUAUUAUUUAUUAAAAGAACCACACAAUACCUUUAAUUUUUUAUUACAGUUACAUUUAAUGUUGUGGAUCAACUCUGUUAUCACUUGUGCUAUAAAAUCUAUAAACAGCUGAUCUCUUAAUUUAGUAAAUAAGUAAAUACCUUCUGAAUUAAAGAGCACUGUGAUAUAAAGUUGUAUAUAACUGUUGUAGAGAUUUCCAAGUCCUGUUUUCAUUGUGAUUGAGCAAACCUACAAAGCAAUCUACCUUAAAAUAUCACUUGUUGCAAAACAUCUGCAAAAACAGAUGUGUAGUUAUGGGCUGUUUGAAGGCUGGUUGUUGCAUUCUUCAUGGAGUGUUGAGAACAGUACUUCCAAAUAUUUUUCAUUAACACGAUAACAAUGUGCCUGGUCACAACAAUGCCAUUAUGGCUCCAAUACUCAUAUUUCUGAGUCACGUGUCUUUUAGGUCAUCAAAUCAUUUGGACUUCACUCUUCACCCCUAAUGGGCUAGUGGGCUGUGAAUCAAUCAAACUGGGGUCAUCAAAGUUAACAGACUGCUUACCGACAUGGGGCUGCACGAGGCAUCGCAGUAGGUCAGGAGCUCGUACAUGGUCACUCCAAAUGACCAGACAUCUGACGCUCUGUAAAACUUACAGUGAAUCAGGCAUUCUGGAGCGUACC